GAUAUUGCUGUUCUGCUACAUUCGAAUGUUCAUCGCAAUCAAGAAACACUCCCAGCGUCUACGGGAGAACUCGACUAUGGAGGAGGACUUCAUCUUGUCACAGCAGAAGAAGGUCGCCAAGACGCUGUUUAUUGUUCUGGCCACGUUCAUAAUGAUGGCCCUACCCUAUCACCUGUAUGCCACAUACGCAACCAUCGAGAAAGACAAGAAUCAUUUCCCCGUAUACCUCAAUCCAUUGGCCUACAUGUUCCUCUACCUCAGCUCAAUGUGUAACCCCAUCAUAUACGCUUUUCGAUCGCCGGCUUUUAGAGAAGGCUACAAAGAAAUCAUGUGCCAGACUCCAAACUAUGUCAUUAGCGAUGAAUCUGAUCAACUUGCUAGAAGAAGUCAAGGGUCAUCUAUCCUAUCCAGUUUCCGCCGAAGCAGUUCAAGAAGAUAUAGCAAUGGAAAGAUGAUGAACUGUGCUGAUGACAAAGACACCCUCCGCAAUUCCAGAAGCUCAGAAGAGAAGCAGACAAAACCAAAGUUUCAUAGGCAGAAGAGUCUAAUGGAAUUAUUAAAAUCAACAAGACAGUCCACAGGACAAAGUGUUGUGCAUCGUAAUGGCGAUAUUAUUAUUAUGAAAGGAGGGAAAAUUGUAAGUGUUCGAAAAGAAGGAGAAGGCAGUCCAUUCUUGGAUCGGUUUAAAGCUCUUCAGGAAAUGAGUGAACAUAGUACUGGCCUUGUCGCCGGACUGGCUGGAACAGGACGUGCUGUGUUUGGUUUGGUUUGUGAUGGGGUUUCCGAUGAAAACAGUAGUGCAGCACAUAUAGAAAGGAAUGAGUUCUCACAAAAGGAUGAUAGUUUUCUUCAUCAAACACAGAUGGAACAAAGUCAAGAGCAUGUACACAAAGACACUUCUAGAUUCACUGAACAUAAUAUUGUGGACUCUCAUUUAGACAAUAAAAUCUUACAGGGAGAAAAAUAUUGCAAUGAACAAAACAUAAAUAGCAGUGAAAUGAAAUAUUCAGAAGCAAAAAUAGCCAGCAUAAAUGAGACAUCAAACCAGCUGUGCAAUAAUGUUAAUUUGUCGCUGAAUAAUACCAAAGAUCUAGCCUCCUUUAUAAUGAACACAGAGAAAUUCUGUGACAGUGAAUUCAGCAGCAACAGAGUGAAUCUUCCAUACCUGGAAACAUCUUCGCUUCCUGAUCGAACAGCUGCUAGCUCAAACAGUUCACUUCAUUCCGGUGGUCUUGUGAUACAUGUGAAUGAUGAUGAUGAUAUUCUCAGUGUCAUGCCACUUACCCCUCACACCAGAGAAUAUCUGGCCAAGUCUGACAUGCAGAUUUCACAAACUGGCCCCGUGGUUGCUGAGGGUCCCGGAGAAACAUUUGUGUUCAAAGCAGUGCAGCUCUCUCAUAGUUCAGACGAUGUUCUUAGGAAGCCACCUGCUAUUCAGAGAUUGCCCUCUCUGGAAUUCUUAGACCCUCCAGUGCACCUGUUCAGGUCUCACAGUCAUCUCAACAUGCAUUCCUCUAGCGCAAGACAGAUUAGGAGAUCAAAGUUGCCUAGAAAGAGAGAACGAUCACAAUCACCAGAUGUAGGAUUAAGCUCAAGGUUGCAUAUACGAUCACCUUUCUCAUCAAGGAGUAAAGUCACACAUGUGUAG